UUAAGUGUGAAAAAAAUGACUGUGUAAUUUUUAGACACAGAUAUAAUUUUCAGGCUUACGUUUCGAAAGAGAAUUGAGGUUAUUCGGUUUUCCAGUGAAAAUUAGUAGUGAACUGUAAAAUGAAAACAUACAAGAUCACAUUAGUUAACAAAACCUAAACCUAGCUAGAUUGAAAAGCGCUGAUGUUGGUUGAAAUUGCAGUGUUGACAUGGUAUAAUAGGCUUGUAGGUUUUAAUUUUACAAAUGGGUUGAAAUGGUCAAUAAUAGUUAUUGCUAAAUACAUUGUGAUACCACAGUACUUGAGUCUAGUUAAAGUAAACCACGAAACAAAAGAAGCGAAACGGUUAUAACUUAAUUGAGAAUAAGAACAACACCUCUAUUUUCUCACAGUUGUCAUACAUGCCGAUACAUUACACAUUUUAGUUACCAUGCUAACUAGGAAUCGAUACUACGUAUGCAACAUCUUGGCAAGUCUGUGUACCUUUCGUUUGUUAUACAUACGGUAUGUUUAUGGUGCAGAGUUUUGGAAUUUUGGUAACGAUGGUCUGGGUCUCUAUGCAACUACAUUGUUUAUCGCCGUCGCUAUAGUAACAGAACUAGCUACUGUGUUUUCGAUAUUCAUUGUUGGCGAUAAGCUGCAGAAAACAAGAAAGAGAGUGGAUGCUGGGGAAGGGAAUAACUGGACGAUGUACUUUUCGUCAACCUUAGUUUCAUAAUUACUACAUUAAUCAGUCUUUUGUUGCCAGAAACGAUAAACUAGUCUGUUAUUCUAGUUUUGUUCUUCCUAAACACCUGCCAGCAUGUCGGUGAAAAUGGAGGAAGACGAAGAGAAGAAGCACAGAUGUUUCAAAUUUUUGCUUCGAAUUCUGUUUUCCCAUAUUGGGCUAUUUUUACUUGUCGUCGGAUUCUCUGCCUUCGGGGCCUGGCUAUUUGUAGCCAUAGAAAAACCCGCUGAAGAUUAUCGGAUUGAACAGAGACUGAUCCGGACAAAAGAAGUAAACGAAUCCAUCAAUUAUCUCGUGGCUCUCUUUUGGUACUGGAGAGGAAAGAAUUUUACUUUGGUCGAAUGGAAUGAAAAAGUUUACACCCAGCUUCGUGAGUUUGAGCUCUAUAUUGUAGGAUCUGUGAAUAACAUGUCGUACGAUGGGACCUUCAACAGUGAAGAAUGGGACCGUGACUGGACUUUCAGCAAGUCUUUGUUGUAUGCUGUAACCAUCAGUUCUACUAUUGGCUAUGGACACAUUUCUCCAGAUACUUGGCUAGGGAAGGUUGCUACCAUAUUGUAUGCCGUCAUAGCGAUUCCACUACUUUUGGUGUUCUUGGCGAAUAUUGGUGAUUUCAUGGCUUCGACUUUUCGCUACGUUUACAGCCGACUGUGCUGUCGAUGGUGUCGGUCUCGAAGGAAAAUUUCUGAAUACCUAAAGAAAGCCAGAGCUGGAGCAAGAAUUCCUUCAGUAAACGAAGAUGCAGUCGGUAGAGAAGAGUACAUGCCCACUGAUAAGGUGAUUGUACCAAUCGUUUUAAACUUGCUGUUGAUUUCCUUCUAUAUAUUGCUGGGCUCUUUAAUGUUUUCUUACUGGGAGGAAUGGGAUCUUGUUAGCUCUGCAUAUUUCACCUUUGUUACCCUCAGCACCAUCGGCUUCGGAGAUUACGUCCCAGGAAAUUCUUUCAUGGAUUAUAAACAAGGCACCAGUUCCUCGUUGAAAAUGCUAGCCUGCUGUCUUUACGUCGUUUUUGGUAUGGCCUUGGUAAGUAUGUGUAUUAAUUUGAUGGUUGAACAGCUGGUUGAGAAAGCCAGGUGGUUGGGCAAGGAAAUUGGUCUGAUCAAAGAAAAUCCGGAGACAGAUGAAGACGCCCAACCUUUAACAGCCUAAAGAAGAUCAGAUGAGGACAUCGGCAACGGACAAGGACAACAAGUGAUGUAUUGGAAAUCUGGGAUUCUACGGGUUACUUUUCCAACACAAUCAAAGUCUAGAUACACUAAUUUUAUGGAAUAUAAACUUGCUUCACUGGCUUUAUAAGUAUUUGAGUAACUCAUUUGAAUCUCAAAUGUUCUAACCUUUAGAAAUUCUUAUCCAUAUACACUGUUGUAGUUACCCGAGAAAUCCCAGAUUUCUGAUUCCUUUUAAGUCUUUAAGAAUAGAAAUAUUUGUUGAUUAAGUAUGUUUUUAGUCCAUAGCUCUAGAGCUACAAAUAACAACUGCUUUCUAUUUCAGUACUUGUUAAGUGAAGUUCCCUCUCGGGAAAUAUUAAUUGUGCACGUUUCCAGUAUUAAGAGUGCACUCACGGGUUUAGUCUGAGGGUCACAGACCAAACCCACGGGUGGACUAAUACAUGUGAUGUAUUAAGUAAAAGAGAUAAAAUGGUAAAGAAUAUUAAGCUACAAUGCAUGUUUCUGAUAUAGAAAUAAGAUACGUUAUUGUCAGUUUCAAUCACUUAUAAUAUGUUUUUAUAACGAGUAAUUCACGGGCAUUGCUCUUCGGCGUGUUGGGAAAACUAACGUCUGUGGAGUGAAUUACACACACACACACACACAGAGAAAUAUUUAGAAAUGAUUCAGAGGAUCCUGUAAACGAGCAGUGAGGGCGAAGCCAUCUUCAUCUUUAACACUUAAGAUAUAGUACCAAUCAAACGGAUCAAAUGAUGUUUUCCCUGUCAAAUUAAUAAACACUAUUCUUGGGUGAAAUGAAUUUAAAACAAAUUGAUGUCUUCAAUCAUUUUAUAACUAUUUUAUUUUCCCUAAUAAUCUUAUUAAUAUUUAUUCAAACUAGAAUAUAAGCUAGUACCUCUAUACAGAACUUUAAGUUAUCUUGAGCUUUGUACAAGUAAGAUUGAACACUUUGUUGCGUAGUUUGAGGUGCAACACUACAGUUUUGAAUAUGCACCCUUUUCUUAUCAGUGCCUUACGUAUUUCUAUGAUCAGAUUAAUAGUGCUCAGCGUGUGAGAUUGUAUU